GACUACGUUAGCGCCUUUUCAUCUUCGACACUUAUCGGCGAGACUCAGAGAAACUAAUCGGAAACCUAAUUCUUAAACCUCUGAGUAACUCACAACGAGUUUGUUUCUUCAUUCAAUCAGUUUUUUUCCAAAUUUUUAAUUUCUCGGUUCGAUUGAAGAUGGAAGGAGGUGGUGGAAGUAGCGGCGGUGGUGCGGCGGCGGGAGCUGCAGUGGUUCCGGUAUCAGCGAUUGAAGCUGUGACCCAAACACUUGCGCACCUCAAGGAACUGAAACCGCAGCUUGAGCAGAUGCUUACUUUAGCUGAGCCAGAGGUUCUUGCUGCAAUGAAGCCGUUGCAACGAGCUAAGACUAUGUACUUGCUAGCUGAUGCAACCACUACUCUUUACGAACUGAGGUUGAGGUGUACUGGAGUUGAUCCUGAUGAUCAUCGUGUGAAAUCUGAAAUUGAGCGGAUAAACGUGUACCGAGAGAAGUUUCAGAAGUGUUUGGAUCAAAGUAAAGAACCAUUGCGCCCGACUACUGUCUUAAACCGUCAGGCAGCAACCCGUUUCAUCGAGCACUCUCUACCUGAUCUUACUUCGACCCAAAAGCAAAACAUUAGAGACCUCAGUAAAGGAGAGAAAUCAAGGAUCAGGUAUUCGGAAUCAACUGCAAGAAAGAGGAAAUACCAAUCAAAUGAGAAACAAUCUGUUCAGUCAGCCGCGAAGGACUUUCUUGAAAAAGCAGCUCGUGAGAUUAUCGGUAACAAUGAAAAUGGUUUGAAGGGCCCUUUAAUGGCUGCAGCUGAUGGUUCAGAUGAUGUUGAAGUUGGUACAGCCUGACUUACUACCAAUAUAUCAUGCUGCUGCUACAUAAUUUUCUGGAUAGUAGUUGUGGCAUUUUUGUCAGCAUCGCCAUUGCAGAGAAGUUGGUUUUUGCAACAAAUCUUUGAUAGGGUUUUUAUAAGGUUUAGCAACUGUUUUCUGAAAGCUCUUAAAAGUUGGCGAAAUUUAUUUUCGAAAAAUACAUUAAUGUCUAAAAUGCAAAAGAAUCCAAGUGGGUUUGCUAAAACAUUAAUGUGUACGUGUCCUUGAGAACUAAGUGAGAGUUUGUCAAGGCGCGAUAAAGUUAAGACCUUGUGAGAGUUCAAGGCGUGGUAAUGUCAAGACCUUGUGUGUGUAUCAAGGUAUGAGUAUGAUUAAUAGUCUUGAUGAUUGA